GCUUGGGCAGCAAAGAUGGCGGCUCCUGUGGAAGCGUCGAUGUCCCUAAUUGUGUGAAUGAUCCAGCCCUUCCAGGCGCCGUGAGAGCGGCCUUUCGGAACCGCAGAGAUGUGUGAGAGUUACGCGCGGUCGCUGCUGCGGGUGUCCGUGGCACAAAUGUGUCAGGCGGUGGGCUGGGACGCGGUGCAGCUGAACGCCUGUGAUCUGCUGUCUGACGUGCUGGAGAGAUACCUGCAGCAGUUGGCCCGGAGCUGCCACCGCUACUCAGAACUCUAUGGACGUACAGACCCUGGACUAAGUGAUGUGGACCAGGCUUUUGGACUUUUGGGAGUCAGUAUAGCCGAACUUGAGGACUAUGUAAAUAACUUGGAGCCUGUCGGCUUCCCCCAAACUAUCCCUCAGUUCCCCAUCAGUAAGAGCAGCGUUCUGCAGUUUCCUGCUGCUGGCUUUGACACGGAUGCCCGUGAUGCCUUGAGGGGAGAGAGGAGAGACUACAUCCCAGAAUACUUCCCUCCACUCGUCUCACUUCAGGAAGAUGAGGAAGAGGAGGAACCCGUUCCUGCAGACAUGGGCACUUCUGCCGAGGCCAUGCAGGUCUCCCUGGGUGAGGAAGAGGAUGGAGAUGAAGAAGAAAAUGAUGAGAACUGGCUCAGCCAUCAUGAAGGACAGAGUCCCAGACCUGAAGGUCUAUUACCAGCUGCCAAAAGACCCCGCCUGAGCACCAAACCUGGCGUUAGCCCCGAAUGGAGCUAUGAGCCACGGGAACCCCUUAGCUCACUUAACUCCCAGCACAUACCCCAUUCCCCCUCCCCUCCCCUCUCCCCCGAACUACCCCGACCACCUGUGGCACCUCCUACACCCGGACACAAGCCCAAAAUCACCUCCCCAUCUCCUGCACGGCAGAAGAACAAGUCGCCCAAAAGAGGGAGCGGAACUGCACUCACUGGGGUGUUGGGGCGGUCACUUACGUUGACUCCACCGAAGACCAAUCAGAAGGCAGGAAGGAGGUCACCCGGUAGGCCCAAAAGCCCUCGUAGCCCAAGGCCAAGUUCUGUCCUUUUGGGGAUGGCUGGGCGUGGUUGGGCCGGACCUCUUGCGGAUGAUAGUUCUCGUGAUGGCCAGUUCAGAUGUCAUGAUACAGGAGACGAGGAUAUCGAGAACUCUAUAGCCGCUGUGAUUGCUCGUGCUUGUGCAGGUGGAGAAGGCACAUCGGACCCAUUUGAUUGUGACUCAGACUUGGAUAGUGAUGGGACAAACCCUCUAAAACCUGUGCCCAAAAACACACUUAGCCACAUCAAACCUCCACAAGCUCUUACUGGAAAACACCUACCUCUGCUAAUUCCUCCUCUUCUCAACACACCCAACCAUUGGACAAUGGACGACUCUAUAGACGAGGUCAUCCGAAAGGCCAAUCAGGCUCAAAAGCCAAUUCAGGCACCAAGUUUAUCACCCCCAGAGCCCACUUACCUGUCCUCCCCGGCGGAUUCGCCCCCCACACCACCACCCACUCUCAAUCUUCACCAGGAACGAAAAGAGCCGGCAACCAGCAUUCUUCUGAAGAAGAAACUCAAGAAGGACAUCAGGGCCAAGUUGAAGAAGAAAGACAGGGAGCGACUCAAGGAUAAGGGCAAGGACAAAGGUAAGAACAAAGAGAAGAAGCGGGAGAAGGAGCGAGGACUGGUUGAGGAAAACAAGAUGCCCUGGCCGGAGUUACUGCUCGGAGGUGAGGAAUGGCGAGACGGCAUUGGCGGGAAGAAAGAGAAGGACAAGCUAAAGGACAAAAAGAAAGAUAAGGAGAAGAACAAGAAAGAGAAGGAGAAACGAGACAAGGGCAAAGAGCGAGGCAAGGAGGAAAAGAGGAUAUCUCUAGGAGCCAGAGACAUCGCCGCCGCUGCUGCCACUCAGCUCUUCAGUCCCCAGACUUGCCUACGCAUCCCAUCAAUGUUGCCCCCUCUGCCUCCAAUACUCCCUGACAAACUCUUCCCACACCCCAAGGACACCAAGAGCAAAGACAAAGACAAGAAGAAAGACAAGAAAGAGAAGAAAAAGAAGAAAGAAAAGGAGAAAGAUCGAGAGAAGGAGCGUGAGAAGGAACGGGAGAGAGAACGGACCAAGGAGAAGGAACGAGACAAAGAUGAGAAGAAGAAAGAGAAAGACAAGAAGGAAAAGAUAAAGGAAAAGGAGAAAGAGAAGCCAAAACUUGAUAAACCGAAUUUAAUGGCUGAAGUUCCUUCCGCUGUCCCGCCAUCUCCUGUCAUACCACGACUGACCCUCAGAGUGGGCGCUGGACAGGACAAGAUUGUGAUCAGUAAGGUGGUCCCAGAUUCAGAGCCCACUCCUCCACCACCACGGACCCCAGUGGCAAAAUCUGGUCCUGGAGCUCGGAUGCGUUCCUCCCCAGCUCCCCCUCCACAUCCCCCGGCUCCUGUGGUGCCCCCACCCCGCCCUCCACCUGUCCUGCCCCCACCCCGCCCUCCACCUGUCCUGCCCCCACCCCGCCCUCCACCUGUCCUGCCCCCUGCACCCCCACCUGCCCCCAUUCAGCCCCCACCCAGCCAAGCCAAAGCACGUGGAUGCAGCGUCAUCACGGAAACCGUCAGUGCAUAUGUGAUUCGGGAUGAGUGGGGUAAUCAGAUCUGGAUUUGUCCAGGAUGUAAUAAACCUGAUGACGGCAGUCCCAUGAUUGGCUGUGAUGAGUGCGACGACUGGUAUCACUGGCCCUGUGUAGGUAUUGUAGCCGCCCCUCCGGAGGACCAGUCGUGGUUCUGUGUGAAAUGUGCUGGCAAGAAGAAAGACAAGAAGACAAAAAAGAGGAAGCGCAAAGUGCACUGACCCACAUUUCUUUUUCUCCUGUCUCCGUGUUUAUCUGUAUUUCCCUUCAUUAAUUUCCAUCACUGUUUUGCUACAGUUUUGUUUUUUUUGUUGUUUUUUUUCACCCAAACUUUUUUUAACUCGGUUAACUUAACUCAGUGUCAGGUAUCAUAAUGUAUUUUUUUAAAAGAAAAUUUCAAAUGUGUAUAUGUUACUUUUUUAUGUGGAGAAUCGUACAGUAUGUCUAUAUGAUCUUUGUACCGAGCUCAUGGUUGUUCAGUAGAUGUGUGUGUUGAAAUGAACCUCUCAGUUCACCCUCAUUAAAGUUUGUUUAAUGUACAUGGUGAUUCAUCAAAACUACAUCACCCAAGAGUGAAAAAAUAGUCUGUACUAUCUGCCUUUUUAAUAACUUUCUUCAGAUUGAUUUCGACUGGAUGUGCAGUUUCAUUUUAUUAUGGAUUUAAUUAAAAGUUGCUUUUUCACAUCUUA